ACACGCUCUCAUAUCAACGUUUUCUGAAGAGAGAUUACAAAACACUUCGAUCAACCAUGUAAUCAUCAUUAGUAGAGACAUAGUUUGCGAAUAAAUGCGCACGCGUUGUCGUUAGUCAUAGCUGGAAUUGUUUCGAACAAAGUGCACUUCAGAUGUUGCAGUUGGAGAUGGUUGGUUUGUUACUUAUCUGCAUUUUCAUUUCCUUACACUUAAUAGUUGCUAACGCAAAGCUCUUUCCCUGCAACCGAAAACAAAUCGGUUCAACAUGUUACGUGCAAAACAUCACGAUCGGGCCGGAAGACAGUCACGUGAGCGUCAUGUUCGAAGAAGCGCGCCGGCUGGUGAUUGAAUACAGCAAUAUUCGAACAUUCUCCGAAGCACUGUUUCACAAUAUACCGGACGUGGAGUCAAUCACCCUUAAAGGUGGCAACAUAACAGCCGUGAAUUUCAGAUCGAAUAAUUUAAAUACCCUUCGAAUAGACAAAACAGGUCUGGAAAGUUUAGGCAUCGCACCGGAGCCGAAUCACAGCUUGAACACCUUGCUCAUUAACCGCAACUUUAUAAAAAAUCUGCCGAAAUCAAUCCGCCAUCUGCGCGCACUUUCCAUUCUGGAUUUAUCGCAGAACCAAAUCGAAUACGUCAACCUCGAUUGGUUCCAGCAGAUGGAAAACUUGCUAGUGCUGGAUCUGUCGUGGAACCGCAUCGCCCAAAUGGACGCCAGUUCUGACCUGCGCCUGGGCCGACUGAAAAACUUCUUCGUCAGCUAUAACAAUCUGGGCCAAAUUCCGUGGUUCCCCAUUGGAUUCCCCAAGCUGGAAAGAAUACGACUGUCGGACAACUAUUGGAGCUGUGCGUGGGUGGCAUCGAUGAGAAAGCAAAUAUGGGACCGCAGAAUUCGGCUGUUCGAUUCGGACAGUGCGUGCAGCGAAAACAGCGAAGGUGGACUGUGUUGCUACGAUCAGGUUCCGAUCGAGGUGCCCUCAAGGUACGAGCUGAUCGAGAUUGAAUUUCAGGAGCAGGCGGACGGUGUUGCAUCCUCCGAGCCGCCAGGAAUGAUGAUGUCGGAUCAAGCGAGUCGAGAUGAGGGAACGACUUGUGGCGAUUUGAGAGAAAGGGUGCGAUCGUUAAAAAGGGAAAAGUUGACGUUAGUCAAGGAGAAGGCAGAAAUGGCGCAGCAGUACGCGAAGAAGGUUGCUUCAAUGCAGGAAGCUUUGCGGAGUGUUCGAGAGGACUUGGAAACUGCGGAAAAGGAAGUGACCCGGUACCGAUACAAAGAGAGAAUGGACAUGAUUGAAAGGACUAAGAGAAUUGACGAAGAUACGAUUGUGACUAGAGUUGUUUGAUGUAUUGUCACCGAACCUGAUAUUUUUGUUGUUGUCUCACAUGCGAACUUCCCUGAAUAAUGUUAUGAGUCAUAUAAUGCAAUAAUGAUGGAAGAUAAUGUUCAAUGAUGACUAAAUCGUACUGAAAUCUUAUUUAUCGAGCCCGUAAAUUUA